CAGAACCUCAACCCAAGAGAGGCUUCAUUGUCACAGAUUUCCUCUUCGAGAACUUCAGCCUGAUUGUUGAGCCUUUGGGGGAAAGGUCUUUGUUAAUUGAAGAGGGUAGGAGUGACACCCAUGGCUAUGAAGACCACCAUCCUGCUUAUGUGCCUGUGGGGACUUUCCUGUGCUCUGCCAGUAGCCAGGUAUCAAAAUACUGAAUCCAAGAGCUCUGAAGAAUGGAAGAGUCAUUUGGCUCAGACACCAACACCACCUUUGGAGAGCAGUGAGUCAUCAGAAGAAAGUAAACUUAGCUCAGAGGAACAGGCAAAUGAAGACCCCAGUGACAGCACAGAAUCUGAGGAGGUCCUGGGCCCUGAUGGUCAGCAACACGUUCAUAGACCAGCUGGCGGCCUCUCUCGGAGGGGAGGAAGCCAAGGCGAUAAUAAAGAUGAUGAUGAAGACGAGAGCGGAGAUGACACCUUUGGGGAUGAUGACGGUGGCCCAGGACCCGAAGAGAGACGAUCAGGAGGGGACUCCAGGCUUGGAAGCGAUGAAGACUCAGCUGACACCACAGGAUCCAGGGAAGACAGCGCCCCACAAGGGGAUGAGGGGGCCCACGAUACCACCAGCGAGAGCAGGGACCUGGACCGUGAGGAUGAGGGGGACAGCAGGCCCGAGGGCGGUAACUCCACUCCAGACAGCGAGAGUGAGGAGCACUGGGUGGGAGGCGGCAGUGAGGGGGACAGCAGCCACGGGGAUGGCUCUGAGUUCGACGAUGAAGGGAUGCAGAGCGAUGACCCGGGCGCCUACAGGAGCGAGAGGGGCAACUCCCGAAUAAGCGGUGCCGGCUUCGAGUCAAGAGAAUCGAAAGGGGACGAUGAGGAGCAGGCAAGCACCCAGGAUUCCCAUGAGAGCCCAGCAGCCGCGUACCCCCGCAGGAAGUUCUUCAGGAAGUCUCGCCUUCCUGAGGAAGAUGGCAGAGGGGAGCUUGACGAUAGCCGCACGACGGAAGUCAUGAGUGACUCCGAAAACCCCGACUCCAAAGAAGCCGGCCUCGGCCAAUCCAGGGAACACGGCAAGAGUGAGUCUCGACAAGAGAGUGAGGAGAACCGGUCCCCGGAAGACAGUCAGGAUGUCCAAGACCCCAGCAGCGAGUCUAGUCAGGAGGUCGACCUGCCUUCUCAAGAAAACAGUAGCGAAUCUCAGGAAGAGGCGCUCCAUGAGUCCAGGGGUGACAACCCCGACAACGCCACCAGUCACUCCAGGGAACAUCAGGCAGAUAGUGAGUCCAGUGAGGAGGACGUGUUGGAUAAGCCCUCCGAUUCAGAGAGCACAUCCACAGAGGAACAGGCUGACAGUGAAUCCGACGAGAGCCUCAGGUCCUCGGAGGAGAGCCCAGAGUCCACUGAAGAGCAGAACAGUUCCAGCCAGGAGGGCGCCCAGGCCCAGAGCCGGAGCCAGGAGAGCCCGUCUGAGGAGGACGAUGGUAGCGAUUCCCAGGACAGCAGCAGAUCGAAAGAAGACAGCAACUCGACCGAGAGCGUGUCAAGCAGCGAGGAAGAGGCCCUAGCCAAAAACACUGAGGUAGAAAGCAGAAAAUUAACAGUCGAUGCUUACCACAACAAACCCAUUGGAGAUCAGGAUGACAAUGAUUGCCAAGAUGGCUACUAGCAUGGGCGUGCCUGAGCGCCUCUCACAGACAGGCUUCCCAGAGGCUGGAGACUAGGGAAAAUCAUAACUGUAAUUUAUUGACGUUUGUAUCAGAAGAAUAGCCUAAGGCCAUUUCUUUCUGAAAGGAAAUGCUCGAUGUUAUACUUGUUUGUGUCUAGGAUGUCAUCAAACCAUAGAGGUUUCAAAAAUGGGAAAUGUCACUAGAACACCCUCCGUGAGAGACCUGAAGCAAGGAAAGAUACGCAUUGUUGCUUCACAGCCGAAAUAGUCCCUAACUCAUUAACCUAACGCACAGUUACACACGUUGUGCUAUGUACCAGGCACUGCGCUGGGUGGGGAGGAGGUCAAGAAGCUUAAAGACUUGUCGCUUGCUCCUGAGGAGAAGGUUUUGUUGUUGUUCAGUCUCUAAGUCGUGUCCAUCUCUUUCUGACUCAUGGACUGCAGCACGCCAGGCUCCUCUGUCCUCUACUAACUCCCGGAGUUUGCUCAAAUUCAUGUCCAUUGAGUCAGUGAUGCCAUAUAACCGUUACAUCCUCUGUUGCCCACUUCUUGUGCCUUCAAUCUUUCCCAACAUCAGGGUCUUUUCUGAUGAGUGGGCUCUCCACAUCAGGUGGCCAAAGUAUUGGAGUUUCAGCUUCAGCAUCAGUCCUUCCAAUGAAUAUUCAGGAUUGAUUUCCUUUAGAAUUGACUGGUUUGAUCUCUGAGAAGCUUAUAGAGGGAUAAAUAAAGCUGAAAAAGGACAAAUAUGACAAAAGCAAGAAUUAUUACAAUCCAGUGUGGUGAGCGCUAUUAACACAGAUAUGAACAAAACACAUGGAUUCACAGAAGAGGGCACACUUUGCCUUAAGAAUUAGAGAGGGCUUCACAGCAGGAAAGACACUGGAGUCAGAACGUUGCAUAGGAUUUCUCCAUUUAAGGCUAGACAAUUCUAUUUAUCCUUGGUAUCAGCAAUAGAAAAUCCUGUAUGAAUAAACAUUUAGUUUGUGAAAAUGUUUUCAAAUUAUGGCACAGUAAUGUGUUUCAGAUAAGCAAAAAUUCUUUUUUCAAUUAAUUAACCCUUUUUGAUUUUUUCUUUUUGUGUGUGUGUGUAUAUGUGUGUGUGUGAGACUCCCAUGAGCGUCACCUCCCUGACCACUGGUGGUGAUAUGGAGGACUGGGUAGGGGAGGGUGGAAAAAUGAAAUUCCUCUUUAAAUAGACAACUAUCAGCUUAAUUUUUUUUCUAAGAUCAAUCUAAGUGUUGCACAUAGCAAAAUUGUGUGUAUAGAAUUCAAUUGAUUUUUGCCUAAUACACUUUGAAAUGUUACCUCAACCUAAAAUAUUUGUUUUGUAAUAAAGAUUAUAAUAUCCAGAAA